GGAAGAAGUUCUCCACACAGUUUUGAAACAAACAUUAGGUUUUUAUUUUUCCCAUCAUGUUCAGCAAGGAUGUUAAAUACUAAUGACGUCAAUAAAAAUUUAACAUUUUCUCAAACGAAACACAUGUCGAUGUUAAGUAUAGGGACAGAUCUUUUGAAAGAUCGUUUGGAACAUCUGUUAUUGUUAUUUAUGCAUAAUAAAGAUUGAAAAGGUGUUAAAGAGCAGCGUCGCUUUCUUUUUCUAUGCUUCUCUUGAAAGCAACAGCUAAAUAAAGAUGGCCAAAUUGCCGAAAAAUCCAGAGACGCGACAGAUACUUCUCCUCUGCAUCGUUGAAUCGCUUGCUAUACUUCCUGCGUCAGUUACAGUUAUUUUCUACCUAACGAUCAAAAGAUGGUUGGGAGGUUGUUUUGUUUUCUUUACCUUUACGCUAGCCUUCUCCUAUGGCGCCGUCGUGGUGCCAGUCAUAUUUCUGAAAAAGCUGCACAGAGCUCAUCCCAGUUAUAACUGGAAUGCUAUGUUAUCAAUCUCAGCACUUUUUAUUUCCAUAUUGUUGCUUGCUGCUUCCAUUUUAACAUCAAUUCACGUGACUCGCGAUUGCCACAGAUAUUGUGGUCCGGCAUUCUUUACGAUGGUGAUGACUUUUCCGUUAAGUCUAGUUUAUCUUUGCGAAUUCUUCAUGUUUUUGGUCAAAGCCAUCAAACACAAGAAAAAUGAAGGAGAGGUGGCCAUCAUUGAAAAAAUGGAGACACAUGAACACGCAGAUACUUCGAGUUUAUGACUCCUUUAAACAGAUCACAACUACUUUAGAAAAAUAGAUCAUUUUUAUCGUUGUACCGUUGGAUUGUUAAGGCGUUUAUCAAUAACAUGAAAUAACCAAGCAUAAUUUUUGAUUCUCCUGUGCAAGUUGCAACAGCAUUGCUAAUUUUGAAUCAAAUGUUGCUUCCAAAGAUCAUGUAUUGUCCAAUAACAAAGAGCUUUGGUCUUAAAUUUCUUAUAGUUUCCUUGAUAUAUGAGCUUGGUAACAAACCUUGCAACACAUCAAGAACAAAGAUUACAAAUACAGAACAUUUGAAAGCAAAUCAAAUCGACAGAAAAUCUAAAACUAAGAUUAAGAUUUUGAUUAAGAUUAUGACUACUUCGUCACUUAUCAGUUCGGUGCUUGUUGGUAUGUUUGAAUAAUGUUAGGGAAAUAAUCUGUCUUGGAUGCAAGCCCUUGUAUUGUAUGCGUGCAUUGCUUUACGUCAUUGCAUUUCUAAACGAGACUUUGUCGCGAUCUUAUCAUUUAACUAUCACAAAAACAUCGUUUGAUUCUUAUAUUGAGGCAAAUUCCUUAGAAUAAUGUCAAUAAACAUCAUUUGAGCAGUCAGAAGAUGCGAAAUUCACGAAUUCUUAUCAAUCGUGUUUAUACAGUUGCCUCUUCGCAUCCUUACAUAUUAGAUAUUAAACGGCAAUUUCAGAUCCAUUAACAUUUUCACACAUUAAAGAUUGACCUCUGUCAUCUCUUCUGUCAUCUUGAGGGCGGGUAUACUCCAAAUUUAGCCAGCUCAGCUGAUUCAAAAAAUGUGAAGAUGAACACAUCAUGGUAUAUUCGAAUUAACAACGGACCUACAAGAUCGUAUUACCAAACAGAGAGAGAGAGAGAGUGCAUCUUUCAUUAAUUUAUUGAAUUGAUUAUCGAGAGAUUUUUCGACAUCCGAAGGCGAACAGUUCCCAGAAAAAUAAACACAAAUAAUCGUCAGUGAAGUAAUGAAUAACUUGAAAUAAUGAAGAGAAAAUCUGAUAAAACACAAAUUGGUCAAGGCUUUCAGUUCAUCGUUUCCCCUCCAGGAAUUUUAAAAAUAUUCGAAUUUGUGGCGCUCUUGAUAUCUCUGUCAUGUAUCGCAGCUUUUAUGAGCACUUUGAACAACACUCGAGGCACGUGGAAUUUUUUCAUAUUUUGCGUGGCGUGCACGUGGAUUUUCACCAUAGUCUCGUUUCUCUUUUUCACUGUUGGCGGACACAAGAUUCUUCACCAAGUAAAUUGGGUUUUAGCGAUGGCAAUAAUCUAUGUCAUUUUCACCGUAAUGCUGUUGAUCUCUGCUGGUAUUUUGGCCGAUAAUACGAGAUCAUAUAAAGCUUCGGGUCUUUGCGAUUCUUGGAAGUCUGUUCAUAAAGAUAUUGAAUGCAAUAAUCUUGUUGUCGCCGUGGUAUUUGCCUUUACUGCAUUUAUCCUGUAUAUUGUGGAUUCAUCAUUUCACUUUUGGCUGAGUGUCGUUGCGACUGAUUCUGGCAGUGAACUUGAAACGGCCGAGAUGGAGCUAUGAAGAAUGGAAAAGAGUGGUUAUCUUCUUGGUGUUAGAUUGAAAUGGAUUAAAAGAAUUGAGUUAUGGAAGCACCAUCUUAUCUACCAUUUGUAUUACAUCAUAGCUUGUCAAGUGUAUAGAGAAUCAGAAUGUAUGCUAAAUGUAUCAAAUGCGCAUAUGAAAGCCAGAAAAAUGGUUUGUGAAAAAGUUAAGAGUCUUUACGACUUUGCUGGCAGUAUUUAAUAUGAAGAAUCGUGGGCGUUUUGUGUCUCGAGUUGCUAUUUUUGCGACUUU